UCACGGUUAUGGAUUAAAGGAGUCUUAAAGAAGAGGUGAAGAAGUUUGACAAUUUGUACCUGUUUUCAAGGAUACAUUGAAGUGCAAGAUGCCAAAAAUAAAGAAUCUCUCCAAUGCGUGUAAAGUAUCAUUUUCUCCAAAUGGGCCUAUAUCUGAAGAGGCACUUGAGAGAGUCCGUGCACUGUUAGAUGAGAUAAGGCCUUUAGAUGUUGGCCUAGAUAAUGAAGCACAAAGGGUCUCCCAAAUUGCACGCAACUGGAACAGCUCUACACGUCCAUCCAAUGGGAGACGGGGACGUAAUGGGGCUAACCAGUUCACCGUGCCAAUCAAAUAUUUGCACAUUCAUGAAUGUGAAAGUUUCUCUAUGGGUAUAUUUUGUAUGCCACCUUCUUCAGUUAUUCCACUUCAUAAUCAUCCUGGAAUGACUGUACUUAGCAAGCUUCUUUAUGGAAGACUGCAUGCUGAAUCUUAUGAUUGGAUUAAUGUACCUGAUCAUCCAAGUGAUCAAUUACAAGCAAGACCAGCAAAGCUUGUCAGGGAUUGUGAAAUGACUGCACCAGAGACGACCAUUCUUUACCCUAAUAGAGGUGGUAACAUCCACACUUUCAGAGCCAUCACACCUUGUGCUCUCUUCGACGUCCUUUCUCCACCAUACUCUGCUGAGGACAGACGGCAUUGUUCUUACUUCCGAAAGUCUCUAGUGAAUCAACAACCUAGUACAUGGAGCCCUCGCAACUUGAGUUCACAAGUAGUCUGGUUGGAGGAGUUGGAGGACCAUCAACCCCCAGAAGGCUUUGUGGUUGCGAGAGGUCUGUAUAAAGGCUCUGUAAUAAGGAGAUAAUUGGGUUGGAGCAUGGAAUCAAGCGAACUACAAUCACCUGAAAGAGGAUUCAGGCUUCUAGUAUCUCAUGCAUGUGAGUUCUAGUAUGGCAAACACCAAAUGGUCACUGUGCAGUCCAUGGUUUACUUUGUACAUGUCAAAGUGAUCUGUGAUAAUUUAACAGCAACUUUACAGAACAAGAAUGGAUGUUUAUGGUUUGACUAGAACUUUAAUUAUGUGCCGCACUGCUGGAGUA